UAUAGGGAGGACUGCAUUCAUUGCACUGCGUGCUCGGCCAUGCAAACUGCUGGAAUCGUGAGUUUGUGAAUCUGCUAAAGUCUGAACUUCGAGGUUCAAUGAAUUUUCAACCGUUUUACAGGAAUGAAGCGGCUGCUGCUUUGGAUUCUAGUGGCAAGCAAUAUACUUCAGGGUCUCACCCAGAAUUCCAAGGCAGCUUCAGAGGCCGACGAGAACUCAACAGACUUCGUCCACCCGUAUAACCGCACGCAGUACUGUCACUGGCCCUGCCAGUGUCCGAAGCGCUUGCCCAGGUGUCCACCCGGAGUCAGCUUGGUGAUGGAUGGCUGCGACUGUUGUAAGGCAUGUGCCAAGCAGCUGGGAGAGAACUGCACGGAAGCAGACACCUGCGACUAUCACAAAGGACUGUACUGUGACUAUAGUCGGGACGCCCCUAAAUAUGAAGUAGGAAUAUGUGCAUAUAUGGUUGGAGUAGGGUGUGAGCUCAAUGGAGUCAUGUAUAGUAAUGGCCAAAGCUUUCAACCCAACUGCAAGUACAAAUGUACAUGUGUAAAUGGUGCUAUUGGCUGCAUCCCUGUGUGCAGACAAUCACGACCUCCACUUGUCUGGUGUCAGAAUCCCAAACGUAUUAAAAUGCCAGGAAAAUGCUGUGAGCGGUGGAUCUGUGAUGAAUCGAAGAAGCUAAGGAAGACUGCUCCUCGUCAUGUGUCCAUGUCAGCUUAUACAGGUGAAUCGGAAGUGUGGCGCCGAAACUGCUUAGUACAAACUACACCUUGGAGCACUUGCUCACAAUCUUGUGGAAUGGGAAUAUCAACAAGGAUUUCAAAUGAAAAUGACCAGUGCAAACUGACGAAAGAAAGACGCCUUUGCUAUUUACGGCCCUGCGAUAUUGACAUUACGAAGCAUAUCAAGGAAGGAAAGAAGUGCCUGAGCGUCCUGAAGCAGGCAGAACCCAUGAACUUCACCUUGUCUGGCUGUGUGAGCCGUCGCACCUACCGGCCAAAGUACUGUGGUGUCUGCACAGAUGACCGAUGCUGCACUCCCCAGAAGUCAAAGACAAUCGAGGUGAAUUUUGACUGCCCCGACGGCCUGGGCUUCUCCAAGAAUCUGAUGUGGAUAAACUCCUGUUUCUGCAACUUGAGGUGCAAGAACCCCAACGACAUUUUUGCAGAUCUGUCAUACUAUCCUGACUACUCUGAAAUCGCAAAUUAAAUUUUUUAAAUGUAUAUUCUUUGAUUGGUGACAGUAGAGGUGAGAAGGGAGGGAAUAAGAAGUAUAGGUAACGAUGGCAAUCUUGCACCUGUCAUCAGUGAGUUAAUUGCCUGAAAAUUACAAGUUCCCUAUCUUAGCUCUAAGAAAUUAGUAUUUUCUACAAAAAAAGUAAAUUUAUUUCAUUUAUGAAAAUGUCCAACAGGAAGAAUUAGGAAAUUACUAUUUACUGUGAUGUCACUUUAAUACUUAGGUCAACCUCCAGAUUGCCAAGGUUACAUUGCAAGACAGUAAUUUGUCUUAAAAGAGAAAUACAUUCCACUGAAUAACCCUAUAAUUACUAAAUUGUUGGUACUGGUGUCUUAAAAUCAUUUUCUCAGUUUUGCUCAGUUGGUAGGAAUCAUGCCCUGAGUUACAAGUUAGAGGCUUGCCAAAAACCUAUUUGGCAAAAGCUUCCACACAUUGCCAAACAGUGGAAAAUUUAAUUUGUGGUCCUUUCUCCCCAUUCAAGUAAAAGAUUAAGAUUCAAUGGUAUUAUUAACAUCCAAUGGUGUUAGCUGUAGUUCAGUGGUAGCCGACUCAAUGCAUUAUAAGGGCUAUUCCUGCUUCUAUUUCUUACAUUCUUACACUAAGGUCAAUUAAUUCAGUACACAUCUUUGAUCUUAAAAUCCAAAAAUUAUAAUAAAAUAUAGGCCUGGAUUUUCCCUCCUGGCACGGGAGCGCAUAGUCAGGACAAUUCCCGUCUCCACAAACCUGACCCAGGAGAAAGUGCCCUGCAUGUUGAGAUUUUUGUGCUGGGGUAAUGGGGUUCUCUGGGAACCAUGCCCGCUGCCCCCAGGAUGAGUCAGAGGCUGAUGAGUACAGAGAUGGGCUGGGUGGAAGGACUGCCUCUGUGCUCCAGCAUUGUGUCCCAGAUUUUAAAAAAAGCAAUAAAGCAAAAAGCACUCCAGCACUCACACCUCACACCCCUCACCACCCCAACACACACCUCAUGCUCCACCCAUGUAAACUCAAGCUGACCUUAUGCCUCUCCACCCAGGGCCUCCAUACCCUCUAUGCCAACCUAUGCACCUCUACCCAUCCCCCCAUAACCGCUCAUACUCUCCAUGUCAACCUAUACCCCUCUACCCAUCCUCCAAGCCCCUUUAUACCCUCUCUGCCAACCAAUGCCCACCACUCAUCACCCUUUAACCUUACACCAACCAUACCAACUCAACUAGUAUCCAUCAUGAGCAGACCUCAGGACCUAUGUUGAAAUUGUAUAAAAUUAAGUUCAAAGUGUCUAUUGCAGGCUUUUUAAAAAAAUUCUAAUUCAUAAAAACCCAUUCACUACAUUUACAUUCCUUGAACUACAUCCUUAUAAAAACAAACAUUUCAUUCAAGUGCUUAAUCCCAUAUGAAGACAAUUCAUAGUCGCACUUCAAAGAGUCUAUAACCCUAGGAACGGUCAAUAAAACUGUGAAACGGAAGGCACUCUACCGUGAUAAUAGAAGGUUGUGACAUCAGUUAUGCAGCAUUAAUCCAGUAAUGGAAGCCCUUAGGCUUAUUUGAACAAACAGAAUGAAAUAGCAAACAAUCAUUUUUUUCAACAAUCCAGACAUUUUUUUAAAGAUUUAAAAGGCCGGAGUUUUAAAAGUAUUGACAGUUUGACAUUUGCCUUUGAUAGUUCAUUUUAACACUUUUGAACAGUUCCAAUAAGCUAGACAGUUAAUGAGUUUAUGCAUGUUUUACACACAUUCAUGCCUAAUUUUAAUAAUCCCAAGGGGCACUUUAAUUCUUCCAAGGGACACCUGAGCUCCCCCAAAGGGCACCUAACCUCACCCAAAGGUGCCCUGGAACCAUAUCCAAAGGGGUACUCCAUCUCUCCAAAGGACUCAAUAAAGUUUAGACCUGCUCCUACCUGGUCUAAUCUGCAUUUGUCAUGUUUCGCACUCCUAGCUAACGAAAAUCAGACAUGACUGGAGGCAGCUGCUGUCUUAGUUGGGCAGCUGCCUCUACGAAAUAUGCAUGUGAAACUCCCGACUCGGGCCCAUUCCACCCCUGCAAAAAUGGUAGGUGCUGUAUUCGGAGCAGUACUUCUGGCCUCUUCCGCCAUUAUUGCAACCAUGGAAAGGCUCUCCAUCAUUGUGAAAAUCUAGUCCAUAAUGUUUGUUUAACAAUCGAGGUUGUUCUUGGCUGAAACACCCUGUGGCAUGUUUUAUUUGUAGAAUUGUAUUCCUAUGGAAGCUUUGCUGUUGGUGAGGAUUAUUCCUUGGCAUCAGAUGAAGGUGGUUCUAAAUUUUCUCUUGGGGGGGGAAUCAGAAUUAUACAGAGAGAAACUUGAGCUUUUCCCUGUCAACCCACCCAGCACAGCACAGCAUUUCUGUACAUUUUCCGGCUUGCACCUGAACUAUGUGCUGUUGCUCAGCACUUAACAGAUUUAUGUAAAACUGAUUGCUCAUUGUUUUAAUCAUAGAAUCAUAGAAUGGUUACAGAAUUGAAGAAAGCCAUUUGGCCUGUAGUGUCCAUGUUGGCUAUCAGCUAGAGCAACUCCAGUCCCCUGCCUUUUCCACAUGGGGAAGCCUGCUUAAAAUAAAUUGGAAAGCCAGAGCAUUGCAAUGGAGCCCAAAGAAGCUUUUUACAAUUAUUUUAGUCAUGUGCCCAGAUGAAAUGAACCUCCUUGGUGUUUAAAAAUGGCCAAAAGCUCUUACUUACACAGCACUUUGUCACCCUGAAGUUCACAACCAGUGCAUUUGUUUGAAGUGAGUGUUUUCUAAGCAAACAUUUAUAAAGAUAAGACUUAAUUGCUUUAUAGGAGCUUUUUCAUUUCUAAAUAAAAGGAUGGUAUAAACAGAUUAAAAUGUCACACUCCUUUACCCCCAUUUACCCCAUGAGCUUUGGUCAUGAAUAAAGUAAAGAAUAAGAUGUGAGGGAAAGGUUUCAAGUGAGCUGCAGAGUUCAAAGAUGUUUUCAAAGUAUUCCUGAGCAACAACAGAUUCAGAAGAAGCUUUGCCCUCCGUUAAGACCAUAUUUGCCAGAGUCUGCAGAGAUAUUUGUUGUAACAUACUCACCUCACAAAGCACUUCUUCCUUUAAAGUGAUAUCCAAUUUGAAAGGUCCAGUCGUCUACCCACUUGCUAAAAAGCCAUCAGUGUUGUUUUAGUCCAUGAUCAAAGAGAGCACCAAACAGUAAACAACUAAAAUGGAUGCGGUUGGGUCAUACAAGACUUUUCUUAAGUUUAAUAUGGUGUCUCCUUUGGUUGAACAAUGAUGUACAUUGUUAUUCCUCUAAUAGAGGUGAUGUAUGAUUGCUUAAAUAUAGGUACAACAAGGAGCUGAUCAAUCACUUCUUUGCUUUUGAAGAAAUAAGGUAAUUCCUUUGUGAAUUCUUUAGCCCCGGUUCAUGACCUGGUGGAUUUUUGGAGAUGGUGGGGGCCAUACUACAGUUAUGGCUAAAGACAUAAACAGCAAACAAAUAAAUAUCUAAAGGGACUUCUUUGGUGCUGUCACCUUGAUAAUUGUGAUUCGUCUUUUGGCCCAGCAUUUUGAUUCCAUACAAGGUGCUGAAAAUCUAAACCUUAACAGAGAAGCUGCCCUCCUUCCCCCGCAUCUUGCAAUGUGGUAAUAUUACUUGCUAGAUUUUUCAAUUAAGUUUUGAAAUGGGCAACCCAAACUUUAAAUUUGAGCCAUGGUUCUCACCCCUCAACCCCUGGUAAAAGAUGACAAUCUAAGAAUGAAAAGCACUCAGAGAUUGGUAGGACAGAGGUAAACAAACAAAAAUUAUUGAAAAUAAAGUAAUGUGAGCUGUGGGUGAAUGUUCUUCAUACAUGUUUCAUCCUCUCCCCUACCCUUGGCUACCUUAAGUCCAUGAGGUGAAUUAGUUGCACUGCUCAAUGUCAUGGUGCUUCAACACAGAAUGAAAGUGAAAUGAAACAAAAGUGUAUAAUUUGUUAUCAGGGAUACAGUACUAUAUAUGUAAAGGAAUACUUUAAUAAAGAAAAUCUAUUUAAUUCCACUUAUCAGAGUUCUUAUGAUAUUAA